AUGCCGGAUCAUUCUGCUGUCGGAGAAUUGGCUAUCAAUUUGGGAUCUGCUGACAAUAUUUCUUCUGCGGACAAACGAAAAAAUUCAAAGAUUGCUAGAAAAGAAGACAACGAGGAAAGUACUAAUCAAAAAAAGCAGAAAGUUGAACAUGUAAUCAGUGGAAAAUCGGAUAUAAUUGUUAGUUUAAAUCAUCAAUGGGUUUUACCUAUCAUAGAAAGGGAGAAAACCUACGAGUUUCGAAAAUGGAAAGUUGAUACUGAAACUAAAAGAAUGUGGAUAUAUGUCAACCGCCCUGUUUCCAAAUUAAUGUACAUUUUUGAAAUUGAUCAUCCAGUAAAAUAUCCUAAUCAAAUCCCCGAAGAUAACGUACAUAAUAAGUUAUUCAACCAAGGAAAAAAGGCUGCAUUUGCUUACCGAAUUAAACAUUUGUAUAAACUAGAUUCGCCAGUUGAUGCAAAAACGUUAAGAAGGGAUUAUUGUAUUCAUCCUCCUCAAAAAUUUACUUAUGUUAGUCGUUAUCCACAAUUAGCAAAAGACAUAAUUAUUAGUGAACAAACUAAAUUAUAUUAG